CGUCUCCGCUCAACUACCAUGCUAGACCCCUUCUUGUCCCGCCUGGCAGUGGUAGGAGUAGUCCUCUUAAUCGUCUUCCUCGCCUACGUAUCCCAAUACUUCCUCCUAUACCCCCACCUCACCGAGCCCGAAUACGUCCUUUUCAACAUCUGCGUCGCCUGCAUCUGGAUUACCUACGUCCGCAGUAUCUUCACUUCCCCGGGUAGUCCUCCUUCAACAUGGACGCCCGUGGACAUCGAUCUCGAUAGCGCCGACGCUGAGGACGGUAACGCCAGGGAGGAAGCCCGAAGCCUUGUAUCUCACGGCGCGAAGUGGUGCCGGAAGUGCAACGCUUACAAGCCUCCGCGAUGCCACCAUUGCAAGACUUGCGGUGUCUGCGUGGUCCGUAUGGAUCAUCAUUGCCCUUGGACGAAUAAUUGUGUCGGCUGGAGGAACUUCCCGCACUUUUUGAAGUUUUUGGGAUACUCUGCUUUCACUUGCUGCUGGCUGUUUUGUAUGUUGGUUGAGAGGGGGUGGGAGGUUUGGGUUCAGAGGGAUUUGCCCAGCGUUUGUUUGCCCUCACCUCAUGUGACUUGACUCGACGGGGGAUGGGGGCUAAUUUAUUUAGUAUAUGUCACCACAUACGUUCCCGGUAUUGUGUCUCUUGGCAGUGCUCUUGUUUACAGAUCUGCUCGUUGCGUUUUCACUCUCGCUCCUGUUCAUUCGAACGUUAUGGUCGACCGGGGAAGGCUAUACUACUAUCGAGACGUGGGAACAGGAUCGGCACGACGCUCUCGUUCGGCAGAAGCGUGUUCGCCGACAGCAAUUCCCCUAUGAUAUUGGCAUUUGGGAUAACCUCUGCUCAGCAUUCUGCGGCAGCUCCAACAUCUUGGGAUGGUUCUGGCCAUUCUCUCGAACAAGGGAGGUCGGGGCAGAAAUCAAGGGGAGCGAUGGUCUAAAGCUCAAGGGUGGAUUGGAAUGGGAAGUCAAUGGCUACGAGGUUGUGGGGGCUACAUGGCCGCCCGUGGAUCCGGACAAGGGUGUCUGGAUGGGUGCAAGUGCCCCGAUACCAGCGGCGGCGAAAAAGGGCGGGGAGAGUGGCGACUGGGCUGAGGGCGUUAGGAGGCGACAGAGAGAAGAUAUUGAGCGAAGGGAAGGAAUCAGUAGACCCCAAGACGCUGCGGUGACUUCGGCGAUCGGCAGCGGUGGUGGUAGGGUAAUAGCUCCAAAAUGGAUGAACGAGGAGGGCGAGACAUUAGCUGAUUACGGGGUCGACGAUGACGACGAUGAUGUGCCAUUGGCAGAAUUGGUGAGGAGGAGGACUGGGGGGAGGAGCGACGCGGAUUAAAUCAAUCCCUUUACUGUACCGUCGUGCCUCGCUACCCGGAUGACCAAAAUCCGAAGGAACUGUCUGGGAUAACGAGUGAUCUGGGGCAACUAGGUUUGACUGUAUUAUAUAAUUUCUACCUUUAUUUUUGUUUCU